GACGGAAGCGGCAGCAGCAACAACAGCAGCUCCUGGCGUCUGCGAAGCCAUAGAGACCCCAGCGAAACGGCGGCAGCAGCAUCGGAGCCGGACUUUGCCUCAUCAUGUCCGCCCCUCAGCAGCAGCAGCAGCAGCCGCGGCGACCGGUGCUUGGAGCCCUCCGAGCUGCUGCCGCCGCCGCCACCCGGCAGCAGCCAGAGCAGCUGCUGAGCUUCUCGGGUCUUUAACAACCCCGUGGGCUCCUCGGCCGGCCGGCCCCAGCACGCCGCCUCCUUUCCUCCUUGGGGUUCGGGCAUGAACUGAGUCGGCUGCAGCGUCAGCCCCAUUUGCUCCCUUUCCCUCUCGGUUUGAUUUUGUCCCACCAGCCUGCUAAGGUGCAGAGGAAUUGGAAUAGACACUGCCAUGAAACCUAACCUGAAGCAAUGGAAACAACUAAUGCUGUUUGGAAUAUUUGCAUGGGGCCUCCUAUUCCUGGUGAUCUUUGUCUAUUUCACAGAUAGUAACACAGCUGAUGCAGUUCCAAGUUCUUUCUCUUACAUUGAGACUAAAAGGCUUCUGCCUAUUCAGGGCAAACAGAGAGCUAUCAUGGGAGCAAUACAUGACCCAUCCUUUUCAGAAACGGUUGUCAGGAACGAGGUGCCUCUCAAUAAAGCGGUCUUAGAUUCAUUUAAAUCAGGGGCUGGGAACAUUAAGAAGUGGACUGACCUAGAUGAUGGCUUUGAGAGUGAGGAGGAAUUUUUUCCUUCCCAAUUAAGAAAGAAGUCAAAAAGUGCUUUCUAUCAAAGGGAUAGUGAUUAUUUAUUUGCUGCUGGUCAGCCUCGGUCACAGAGCAGUGUUCAGCGAAUAGUGAAAUUAAUCUCUGCAGAGGGGGAGGAUCAUAAGAGGAAUGUAUUGCAGAAUAAUUGGUUCCCUCAAAGGAAGAUAAAGAAAAGGCAUGCAAGACGCAGAAGAAGCCAAAUGUUUGAAGAGUCUGAUGAAUGGGAUGGAAUAUAUUCCACUAUGUCAAAAUCUAUCCUGUACAGGCUUUGGAAAGGAGAUGUCUCCUCUAAGAUGCUGAAUCCUCGCCUUCAGAAGGCCAUGAAAGAUUAUCUGAGCACCAAUAAGCACGGGGUGCGGUUCAGAGGAAAACGAAACUCCAAGCUGAGUUCCGAACAGCUCUUCUGUGAACUCAAGGCCCGCGUGAACAUCCGAACCAUUGAUGGCAAGGAAGCCCCCUUUUCUGUCCUUGGAUGGGAGAAACACGUCCCCCAGAUUUCUCUGAAUAAGCUGUAUCCACAUGGGUUUGGAAACUGUGCUGUUGUCAUGUCUGCUGGUGCCAUACUGAACUCUUCGCUAGGUGAUGAAAUAGAUUCCCAUGAUGCAGUUCUGCGGUUCAAUUCUGCUCCAACAAGAGGUUAUGAGAAAGAUGUUGGGAAUAAAACCACCAUGCGCAUCAUUAAUUCUCAGAUUCUUACUAAUCCAAACCAUCACUUCAUUGAGAACUCCUUAUAUAAAGAUGUUAUUCUAGUGGCCUGGGAUCCUGCUCCCUAUUCUGCAAAUCUGAAUGUGUGGUAUAAGAAGCCAGACUAUAACUUGUUUACUCCAUAUGUACAACAUCGCAGGAAGAAUCCAAACCAGCCAUUUUAUAUCCUCCAUCCAAAGUUUAUAUGGCAGCUCUGGGAUAUCAUUCAGGAGAACACUAAGGAAAAGAUACAGCCCAACCCUCCUUCUUCAGGUUUCAUUGGGAUCCUCAUCAUGAUGUCAAUGUGCAGUGAAGUGCAUGUUUACGAAUACAUUCCUUCCGUCCGACAAACUGAUCUUUGCCACUAUCAUGAACUCUACUAUGAUGCGGCCUGUACCUUGGGGGCCUACCACCCACUGCUUUAUGAGAAGCUGUUGGUGCAGAGGAUGAACAGAGGCUUCCAGGAUGAUUUGUACCGGAAAGGGAAAGUGAUUUUGCCAGGGUUCAGGUCAGUGAAAUGCCCUGGACAAAAAAAUCCACUCCCCCCAUACACAUAAGGGUGAAUCUUUUGUAAAGCAAUGUGCAAUAAGGUGCUACUGUCAUACUAACAAAGAAGAAGAAGGAAAAGCAAAUACUUGAAAAAUGGAUCCUAGAUCAACCUAGUCUUGAGUCUAUUAACUUUAGUUAGUAAGUAAGAAGGCACGAAGCAAAUUUCACGCCUCUGUGGCCUCGGCAUUUAUUAUUGCUUUGCAGGUAGUGAUUUUUUUUUCAAACUUUAUCUUUUGAGCGCUGCAAAAUACAGCAAGGGCAAAGGAUAAGUGAGUAGUUGUGCAUCCGAUAACAUCAAUCAUUAAUUUUACCACACAGACCAGACUGUAUUCAUGAAGACAAGGAGUUUUAAUAGCUAGGUCUGGAAAGAGUUACAACAAAAUCAAGUCAAGUCUUAUGAUUUCUGCCCCCUCAUCGUUUAAGUACAUAUCAAUAUCGUAUAUGUUUUAAUAUAAUGAGCCAUAUUCUGAUAAUUUAAGAUGAUUGUAUUUAAGCUCUCUCUUUUUUAGUGGAACUUGGCAUAAACAGUUUUACUCUAGUCUUUUAACGUGCACUAAGACUGCAUAUUUGGUUAGAUACAUAAAUUGACAGUAUGUACAGGGGAAAAAAGGAUAAGAAGGCAUUCUCCUGCUUUUUUUAAUGUGGAGUUGAUUCUCCCCUUUCAUUGAACCAUCAUGUUGUAAUAGUUUUACCACACAUGGGUGGUGACUCAUUUCUGUAGGGGGAGAAAAAUCUUAUCUGGUGCUCAGCAGGCUGUGUGAGGAAAGUUUCAAGUAAUCAGAUUAUGACAGUGAUUUUGGUCCUCAAAUAAAGAAUGCAAUUUAUCUGAGGCUGUUUCUGGGCAGUGGGUUACUAGUGCUCAUAGUUAAAAGGCAUUGUACAGUUACGCCUUUUUUCCUUAAUGAACUUUUCUUUUUGUUGAGUUUAAAAAAAACUAACAGAAGAACACAUAAGGUUGCAGACAGACUGUGAUGCUCUUUUGACCUCUCAUAACUGGCCAUGACUGAGGUGAGGCAGCAGGAUUGCACAGAAAAAGUCUUGUUUGUAAGAUCCCAUUUCCACCACCACCCCCAAGAGUGAUUUCCAGCAGUCAGCUGGGAAGAGUAUAGUCCAUGUGAACUUGUGUGAACUCUUGCAAGUGCAGUCAAUUAUGGGAACCGUGGGUUUAUGCCAGGUUUUGUUUCCCCAUGGAAAUUUUACAUUACUGUUGCUUUUCAUGGAAGGAGAGCAAUCAUCUUGCCAGUGUUUACAACUCCCAGAACAGAGUGCUUAUGCGAACAGAGUGUUUACAUGAUCCCCCUCCCUUUCUCCAUUAGGGACAGCUACUCGAUGGAGUCCUGAAACAGAUUCUGAUUUGCCAUUGACACAGUAUCUCAUGAUACUGAGUUUUAAAAAGCAAACAGCAAAGUGAUAUUUUUGUUCCCUUUAGGGUCUGUUUUGUGCAGGGCCCAGAGGUAUCAGCAUAGGGCAUAAUCAUUCCUUCUCUCUGCCUGCAUAUUGGUGCAUGCCUACAGAUGUGUGCUUAGCGGAUAUAACAGGCUGCACAAGAAAUGGCUUGCCUCCAAUAGAUGAAGAAAAGCAAUGCAUUUUUUUUCCUCAUUUGUAUGUAUGUGUGUGAAAUUUAGUGGGCAGUUCACCUUUAGAAAGCAGGGCAGUUCAAUAAUUUCUCAUUCUUUUUCCUCUUGUACAGUGGCUCACAGAACUCUUUAUUCAGCAUCCCUGCCAUAAAUUUGGAUUGUGCCGAGUGCCCCAGUAGCCAAACAUAGCAUUGCUCAGGGAAAAGGAACAGGAAGGUUGUGCUGGCUGUCAGUGGCAUAGUUUGGGAUGCCAGCACCCAGGGCAAGGCUAGUAUUACGCCCCUUUGAGGUUGCCUUGGGAAGCAGCAGGGAGGGGACUCGGUGCCAGCAGAGCCACCUCCCCACACUACCCCCUUCACGUGGCCUGCCGGCUUUGUUUACGCUGGGGGAAGGAGGCCAGGCUGCUCCAGGCCACCCUCUCCAAGGAGAUGGGUCCACUUGACCAAACCUCAUUUCUGCCGCCAGCUGCCCAGAGGGAGAAACGGAGUGGGUGAGGCAGCUGCAGCCAGAAGAGGGGAGGGGAGCUUCACACACUCUCCCCUGCUGUGCACUCUGCCUCACCUGAUGACUCCAUGACAGGGCUGAAAUUUUGCAACCCGGUCAAGCACCCCUGUGGCCUUGCCCAUGCUACACCACCGCUGGCUGUUGGGACUUGGUAAUUUUCUUGGCAUUUCCUGCCGUGACAGUAACUAGGGCUACCCAUGGUAAAUAAAAAGUAAGUGACUGACUGGAAGCCAAGAACUCAAGGGUUAUUAUAUGGGGGUAAAAGGUGUGGAUAUUUGUUUUUUUAUGGAUUACAUCUUCCAGAACUCCCCAGGCACCAUGGGGAGUUGUGAUCUGAAAACACAAGUUUGCACACUUCAAUUUGGUAGGUUGUCUUUUGAGCCAAAUAUGUGUUGUAGCAAUGUGAAAAAAUUCUUUCUUAAAGAUCACUGAUCUGCUUGCUGAUUGAGGAAUAUUUAAGCAUUGCUUCUGCACCUCAACAUUCUCUUUCCCCAGUCCUCUUGGAAAGAAAUUUUGUAUUUUGAUUCUGGGCCAUAGGAAUAGUCUGGCUGAAUCAAAAUGAAUGUCCAUCUAGUCCUGAUACAGGUACUCUGAUUCCAAGAGUAAUUGAAUGAUCAAGUGUGCAAACCUAAUGGUGGUGGCCUUUUUCUGUCCUUCUUUGGACAUUGGACAUAUGCUACCUCUGAGCAUACAAGUUUCAUUAAGCUAGUCAACUGUUACAUACGGACCUGUCUAAUGUUUUCAGAGCCAUCAGAGAAUGAUACUUUCCACUUUCCCCAUAGUUGAAAAUGUAGCCAUUUCCUGUUACAGUUAAAA